AUGCGGGGCGCGGCGCGGACUGUCCGGGGGCUCGCAGACCAGCUGUGGCUGCGGCUCCCAGCCCCCGGCUGGGCCCUGCCGCCGCCGCUGCUGCUGUUGGCCGUGCUGCUGGGCAGCGUGGGCGCGCAGUACUCCAGCGACCUGUGCAGCUGGAAGGGGAGUGGGCUGACACAUGAGGCACACAGGAAGGAGGUGGAGCAAGUGUACCUGCGCUGCUCUGAGGGCACUGUGGAGUGGAUGUACCCAACUGGAGCUCUCAUCGUCAACUUCCGGCCGAACACCUUUGUCCCCACCAAGCACCUGACUGUGUGCAUCAAGCCGACCUCAGGAUCCUCAGGGGCCAGCCUCUACCUGGAGAAGACUGGUGCACUCCGGCUGCUAGUACAGGAUGGGGCGCACAGCACCCGCCAGGUGCGCUGCUUUGGGCUGGAUCAGGGUGGCCUCUUUGUGGAAGCCUCGCCCCAGCAGGACAUCAGCCGGAGGACCACUGGUUUCCAGUAUGAGCUUUUGCGUCGGCGCUCUGGCUCGGACCUCCUGGCCCUCUCUGCCCCGUGCCGCCCCUGCAGCGACAUUGAGGUCCUCCUAGCCGUCUGCACCAGUGACUUUGUGGUCCGCGGCUCCAUCCAGAAUGUGACUCAUGAACCAGAGCAGCAGGAAUCGGCCAUCUACCUGCAGGUCAGCCGGCUCUACCGACAGAAGAGCAGGGUCUUCCAGCCAGACCCUGAGGGUGGUGGCCACUGGCGCGGCCACAUUAAGACUCUGCUUGAAUGUGGUGUGCGGCCUGGACACGGGGACUUCCUUUUCACUGGCCAGAUGCACUUUGGUGAGGCCCGGCUAGGCUGCGCUCCAAGAUUCUUAGAUUUCCAGAGGAUGUACCGGGAUGCCCAGGAGAAGGGGCUGAACCCAUGUGAGAUUAGCACAGAGUGA